AUGGGAUCUCUCGGCCCGUAUCAGCGCAAGCACAAGGUGUCCGUGGUAGGCUCCGGUAAUUGGGGUACCGCCAUCGCCAAGAUUGUCGCCGAAAAUGCAGCAGAGAACUCCGAUGUCUUUGACAAACAAGUGGAGAUGUGGGUGUUCGAAGAGAAGGUUGAGAUUGGAAAGGAUUCGCCGCAUUACGAUGCCAGUGUUUCGGGCCCUCAAAACUUGACCGACGUGAUCAAUCGCGUUCACGAAAACAUCAAGUAUCUCCCCGGAGUCUCGCUGCCCACUAACUUGCACGCCAACCCGUCGAUUGAAGACGCUGUCAAGGACGCCACUAUCCUCGUGUUCAACCUUCCUCACCAAUUCAUCCUGAAAACCUGCCAGCAAAUCCAGGGCAAGAUCUUGCCGUACGCGCGUGGCAUCUCCUGCAUCAAGGGUGUUGAUGUCAGCGAGGAAGGAGUCAGCCUGUUCUCCGAGAGGAUCGGCAAGACUCUGGGUAUCUAUUGCGGUGCCCUCUCCGGUGCGAACAUCGCCAACGAGGUCGCUCGGGAGAAGUGGUCGGAGACCUCGAUCGCGUACGAUCCCCCACACAUGGACUCGAAAGCGGCCACUCCUCAGCGUUCUCCAACCUCAUCCCAGGUCGAUCUCGUGCAAUUCCAGCACCGGGACACAAGUGGUGAGAUCUCCAAGGUGAAGCUUCAAGCUCUGCCGUCUGACUAUCCACCCAUCAACCACGACAUCCUCAAGACGCUCUUCCACCGUCCGUACUUCCACGUCCGAGUCGUCAACGACGUUGCCGGUGUUUCCAUCAGUGGUGCGUUGAAGAACGUGGUGGCGAUCGCUGCGGGAUGGGUGGAGGGAAUGGGAUGGGGUGAUAACGCGAAGGCUGCAGUGAUGCGCGUGGGUCUCAUGGAGAUGGUCCGAUUUGGGGACAAAUUCUUUGGUGCCACCAUCGACCAGCGUACCUUCACCGAGGAAAGUGCGGGCGUUGCGGAUCUGAUCACGAGUUGCAGUGGUGGCCGUAACCACCGUUGUGCCAAAUUGAGUGUCGAGCGUAACCAGCCCAUCGAGGAGAUCGAGCAAUCCGAGCUCAACGGACAGAAGCUGCAGGGCACCUUGACCGCCGUCGAGGUCAACAGCUUCCUGAAGAAGCAAGGCCUGGAAGAAGAUUUCCCCUUGUUCACUGCCGUCUACCGUAUUCUCAAGGGUCAAAUGAAGGUUGCGGAGAUUCCUUCCUACAUCGAGCGGUAA